CGGCUGCGCCUGCACCCGCGCCUCUUCGCCUUCCUCCUGGAGAUGUUCAGCACCUUCCAGAUCUGCGCCUGCACGAACGAGCUCAGCCUGCUCGGCAACGUGGAGCCGAAGCCGCACACGGCGCUCACCCUCACCUACGGCUUCACCGUCCUGCACGGCUUGACUCUGCCCGGCAGCACCUGCAACCCCUGCGGGACCCUGCAGCCCAUGUGGGGCGGGGGAGUGUCGCUCCAGACCGGGGCACUCAAGAUCGCCGCUCAGUUCGUGGCCGCAGUGCUCGCCAGGGCGUUUAUGCACUUUAUCUGGAGUCUGGAGAUGGCAGAGCCACAUUUCGGAGCCCUCUCGCAGGGCUGCAGCAGCCCGAUGCAGACUGCAGAGGUGCAGGCGUUCUGCAUAGAACUGCUCUUUUCUGUCGUUUUCCAGCUGGCCGUACUUCGAGCAGAGAGUGUUAAUCCCAAAUACAGAGUCCAUUUGACUGCUCUUCUCAUCACCAUGCUCGUGUACGCAGGUGGAAAUCUCACAGGAGCAAUAUUUAACCCAGCACUGGCUUUUUCAUUACAUGCAGAUUGUUUCUAUGACAAAUUUUUGAGUUACUCACUAGUAUAUUGGAUAGCACCAUCCUUGGGUACAAUACUUGUGGCUUUUAUAUGGGACGAAAUCUUUCCUCGGAUAUCCUGAAACAUCAGAUCCUGAAAUCUGGCAGUACUCCAUUAAAAAAUACUUCCAACAUCUGCAGACAUAAAGCUUUCAGAGAACUGUUGACAGA